AUGUUUACUUGUGAAGCAGAAAGAAUCGCUGGGUUAUGGAUGAGGGAGAAUGGUGGCAUAGACAGACUCACAUGUGGAGAGAGAGAGAGAGAGAGAGAGAGAGAGAGAGAGGAGGAGGAGGAGAAGAGAAGAGAAGAGAAGAAGGUGCAGAAAGAGGAAGAGGAAGAAGAUGAUAUGACUUGUGCGAGGAUGGGUCUCUGGUUUGUUCGGGAUGGGCAUGGAUGUAUGGGUUUUGUUUUACCUGAUUCUACGCGAAACCUUAUUAAAAGCCGUGUUUUAAUCCAGCCGUCCAAUUUCAUCCAACGGCUAAGAUCUGUCCUCAAUUAA